GUUUUUGUUUUUUUAAUAGUUAGGUGAGUUAGAUGAAUUGAAAAAAAAGGAAACAGAAGUGUGCCUGUGUGUGUGGGUGUGUUUCACACCCUAGUGUCUGGAAAUGCAUUCGAUUAGGAACACACCCUAACACAGCUGUGUACUUCAGGGAACAUGAUGCACACACAUGUGUAUGUGUAGUAUCUACACGACCAAUAUGACACUCCCAUAUUGUGUGAAACACAGAUACUGCAGUUUUCUAUUUGUUUAUAAAGGCUUUGUUCACAAGGAUAUUUUUUAAGAUGAACUCAUACAUACCACACACACACUAAUCAUUGUGUGUGUGUGUGUGUGUGUGUGUGUGUGUGUCCGUGUCCAUGAUUUGACAGUUUUGACCUUGGCUGGACAUUUCACAAGGGAGAAACUGACACUUUUAGCCAAAUUGUUUCCUUUUGGUUAAUAAGGUUAAAGAUAUAUUUAGGUGUAGGAGUAGCAUUAAUAAGCUAACUUAUUAAUCAUGCAAAUGUAAGGACAAGGACAGUAAGAUGUGUGUGCAUGUGUGUGUGUGUGUGUGUGUUUGUGUGUGUGUUAUUUACUCAUUUCAACAGUCUAGUACAGGUUAAACCAUUUAAUUGCCAUCAAUACAGACAUGAAGAGUCACACUACCUCAUUUGUGGUUACCCACACUCACAGGCUCACUCCAAGCAGAAAGCUCCUUCCAGCGAUGCAUUAAUAUUAAUAACACGUGCUGUUGCGUAAGGCUUAUCAUUUUUUAAUAGACCCAUGUGAUAUUACACAACGUAUGGGUGUGAACUUCUUAAAAUCAACACGUUUUCUUGUUCAGUCUGCAUUGUUUAAAAAUACUUGGGGGAAAAAGACAGAAGAUCAUAUUUUUUUUCCACCAUAGUUAAGAUAGAAUGGUGCUAUCAAAGCCAUUGAUAAUUUGAGUUCAUUCAAAUGGGAAUUGUUUCAACGUUUUUGGCAAUUUUUUUUAGACCAGUGUUAUAAAACAUAAUUUAUAGAUAUUUAAUGUUAUAAAUAAUUUGGAUACCUAGUCUGAUCUAAUGAUUUGUCAUCACUGUGCUUCAGGGUUGCCAGGUCUGCAACCCAAAAACCCAUCCACAACCAUUUCAGAUCAUGCAUUUAUCUAAUGGUUCUUUUACCAAGGUCCUAGGAAACCUGGCUGAUGUGCCUGGAUUCUGGUAAGCAAAAUCAUCAGAUAUAAAAAAUCAGGUUUUUGCCCAUAACACAUUUUAAAUGAUCAACCUUCAGAAAUCAGAAAUGAAUAUUUCAAUAAGCUGACAAGGAAAAUGAAUUUAUUUUCUAUCCUUCCCUUGACUAUCCUUCUGCAAAGAUCAUGAUGUGUACAGAGCCAGAAUAGCAAGUCAAGCUUUAAUCAAGUUUUUGGAAAGCUAUGUACUUAAAAAUUGAAGAAAAAAAUUGAAAUAUUCGUAAUCAGUUUGGUUUGUAAUCCAAAACACGCUGUCAAAAUGUUAAAAUGUGUUAGAGGUACUGACUGGUACAACUACACACAGAUUUGACUACCUUUUAUGUUCAUUAUGGGCUGUUUAAGAGAAUUGAAAGAGAAACACAGUUCAGAAACAUCUAUGGUUUUCAUAGUUAUACUUGGUUUAUAGAGAAAAACUUUCAGUAUAUGAUGGCUGUCACAUUCAUGUGCUUGUAAAUGUGGAAAGACACAAUACAUAAACACAUAAAAUAAAUCAUGUUCAGAAAAUAAUGAACAAACAGCAGCUGUUCAAAUGUAGUCUGGUUCUGCAGAAAAACACAGAACACUGCAACAACGCUAAACAUUUACAUAAUUGUACCCAAUGAAAGUUUUAGCAUCAUUUCCUAACCAUCGUUUAGACACAUCUGUGAAUAAAUGAUCUUUUAUUUAAAAAGAAGCAAAAAACAUCUUUUCUAUGUUGUCAUACAAGUCACUAUACUGUACUAGAGCCACUUCUUCAUGCCCUCAUCCAGACAUGCCAGAGUGCACAAGGGCAACAUUGCCCUGCCCUCAUCAAGAAUGCUGAAGCCAUCUCAGCCUAAUAAGUUUGGAAACAAUACUCUGAGUGUCUCCCCUGCUCUCGAGGGUACCAAGCGGUGGCAGAGGCUGGACAAAGACUUCAAUUCUCCACAGAGUAAAGGAAUGACUGAUGACUGCUCACUGGAACAUGACAUGGGCGUAAAAUAUGGAUGUCACAAAGACGACACGUCACACUUUCACAAAGAUCCAUCUGUCUAGUAAAAUUGAGGGAGAGACAGAGGUGUUGUUAUGCUACUAGUGCUAGAGCUGUUGAAUUAGAUGGUGCUGGUUGAUUGGGCGGGAUAAAGAUGUGCAUUGAGUCGACACAGCAGGAAGCCUUCAGUCGCAGUUCCAUGAAGCUGAGCGCAUUUUCCACAAAACGCUGCGCUGCCAAUGCACAUCUUCAUUUAUUUUUUUAAAAUAGAGUAGUUGAUUGAAGGUGAAUGACUGUAAUCGUUAUAGAAAAAAAAAGUGUGUUUUGUGAUUGAUCAGAAGGUUUUGUUUGCAUUUUGUUUGCAAGUUUUUGGGAAUUUUGCAUCUAGCUGAAAAGAGUGUCAGCAUUUUGGAGCCAUGGCAUUUAAUCAGCCCGACCUAACAAGGGGAAAUUCUCACAUCGGCACUCUCUACAGCUCAGUACUUUAUAGCUCAAAAGUCUUAGAAAUACAGAGAAUUGCUUGUUUGGUUGUUCAGAUCUUUGGAGGAUGAUGGAGAUUUAUGGAAAAGGGUUUCUUUUAGCCUUCAACCAGGAUUGUGCACAUCACUAGAGACAGAAAAUUUGUCCAACUCCAGAAGUCAACAGAUGCAUCUCGCCACAGUUUGCUCUACAUUAAAGAGAUUGGGCAUGGAUGGUUCGGAAAGGUGUUGUUGGGGGAGGUAACCUCUGGCCUCAGCAGUACCCAGGUGGUGGUGAAGGAGCUCAAGACGAGUGCCAGUAUUCAGGACCAGAUGCAUUUCCUGGAGGAAGCACAGCCUUACAGAUCUCUGCAGCAUCCUGCUCUAGUGCAGUGUUUGGCUCAAUGCACAGAGGUCACACCCUACCUGCUGAUCAUGGAGUUCUGUCCUUUGGGUGAUGUGAAAGGCUAUCUGCGCAGCUGCAGAGCAGCAGAUUCUGUGACUCCUGAUCCUUUGCUCCUUCAAAGAAUGGCUUGUCAGAUCGCUUCUGGCCUUCUGCAUCUCCACAAACAUGACUACAGACACAGUGAUCUGGCUUUGAGAAACUGCCUUCUGACAUCAGAUGUUACUGUCAAGAUCGGAGAUUAUGGCCUGUCACACAGCAAGUAUAAGGAUGAUUACUUUGUGACAUCAGAUCAGUCCUGGGUACCAUUACGCUGGAUUGCCCCUGAACUGGUGGAUGAAGUUCAUGGCAACAUACUGAUGGCAGACCAAACUAAACAAAGCAACAUUUGGUCACUUGGGGUAACUAUGUGGGAGUUGUUCGAGUUAGGGAACCAGCCUUAUAGACACUACUCUGACCGGCAGGUCCUCAACUUUGCUGUGAAAGAUCAACAACUUAAACUGCCAAAGCCAAUGCUUCAGUUUCCUCUUUCAGACCGUUGGUAUGAAGUGAUGCAGUUCUGUUGGCUUCAGUCAGACCAGAGGCCUAAUGCUGAGGAAGUCCACCUACUGCUCAGUUACCUGUGUGCCAAAGGUGCCAGUGAGGCAGAAGAAGAUUUUGAGAGGCGCUGGAACUCAAUGAGACCGAACAUGACUCAUGGCAGUCUGCACGGGGCUGGUCCCCUGACCUUGGAGAUGCCACAGUCCUUAACCACCUCAUCCUCAUUCCCCUUACUGGAGCAAUUUUCAGCUGGUGAUGGCUACCAGUCGGAGUCAGGAGACGACAUUCUCACAGUUACUGAGACCAGUCAUGGUCUGAACUUUGAGUACAAAUGGGAGCAAGCAAGAGCUAAACAACCCUAUCCCUCCUCAUCUACCAGUGGAACAUUAGGUCAAGGGAAUCCCCAUUGCCAGGAGGUCUAUUACCCUCCAGGAGGUAUGGUAGGUGGAUGUGGGAUUGAUCGCCUCACCUUAGGGGUCUCUCCCCAAUACUAUGACCCCAAGCAAUUACACACUCCAGGUGUUGUUCCAGUUCUCAGUGCACAUAGUCCGUCAGUGAAUAGUGAGUAUUACAUUCGUAUUGAAGAGCCAGUAGAAUGCAAUAUUGACAUGGAAUACACAAUGUGUGCAUACAGCCCUGAAUUUGGGGGCAGCAAUGGCAGCUUUCUCACUGGUAGUGGAGACUCAGGGGAUUGUAUGAAUUGUCCUUCUAAAGGCAAGCCAAUCGAAACAUACUGGUCAGCUGACAUCCAUAAAAGCAGUGCCUAUGAUUCAGACAGCAGUCCAACCAUGUCCCUAACUAUGGAGCCACUUCUAGGUCAGGUAUCUGAUUCCAGCCCACUUAGGCCAUGGGAGUCAGGUCAUUAUGUAUCAUACAAAGACAGGGACGGAGGCUAUUACUAUGAAAACUCACCACCCCUGGGUAUGGAUCACUACCUGAUUGGAGGUCCAUCAGAACCCAUGAGGGAGAGCUGGGGGUCCCGAAGCCUGAGACAGGCAUUGGGUGAGCUUGAGGAACCUUUGGGGAUCUCACACUCUAUCAACAGCCCCCCACAGGGCUAUGCUGACCCUUAUCUAGAGAGAAGUCAAGGGUCAGUACUUGGGAAGAAUGUAACUGGCGGAUACUAUGACAUGAUGGGUUCUUUGAGAAAGAUCAUGCCAGGGAACCACUCAGUGUGUAUUGACAUGGAAUCAGGGGGAGCUGUGUUUGUGGGGCAAGAUGAGAGUGACUCAGAAGAGGAGGAGGAUCUCUUCACUGAAAGGCAGGCAAUGGGCUGGUCUACCAACCACUCAACAAAAAGCAAUUUGAGCUUGUCUCAAAGGCAGUCAUCAAAGCAAGAUGCAUAUGCAGACUUUCAUUACACUAUGCCAAUGACUGAUGUUGAGGAUGCAUGGCCAGAGAACCACAGUCUCCCAUACCGAUCUACCAAAACAAUAAAAUACCUGGAAGGCAGAGCCAAAAGCAACACCUGCCCUGUGCAUGGCAGACAAGCAUCACUAUCCUCAGCAGACUGCAGCUCCUAUAUUCAUCUAUGUCAUGAACCUAGAGAAGCAGAGGUGUACCCUGUACCUUGUUGUCAGGCUUUGAGCAAUUCCCAUUUUGUAGAUCCUCUUACAGGGUCAUUAGUUAGAAAUAGUUUCAUGAAUGACAAUAUUUCAGACAAAAACACAGGCAUACCCUGCAGGAACCCACAGGUAGGCCAAGCUACCUUACCUACUGGACAUUUAAUUUCGAAAUCAGAGACAGCAAAAAACAAUUUAAAAGUGACAGAACACCCAGAAUAUGUUGAAACUUGUGUCAGAGAGGGAAUGUAUAGGCAAGACAGUACUGGACAACAAGAUACUAGUCAAAUUGACAUGAAAACAGAGGUUUUAACCAUAACUCAACAAGAGAAUCCCCUCCCUGAAGUCUCUUCCAAAGAUUCCGAAUCAGACAGAAGCAAGAUGGUGGACAGUGGUGUGGAACAUGGAAAUUCCAGCACCAGCCUGGUGGAAAUUGACAAUUGCAGUGAUGAUGACAUCACAGAUGUCACCUCUGGGAUUUUUGGUGACUUCACUGGAGAUUAUGCUGAGACAGCUGACUACACCUCUCCUUCAUUUAAGUCAUUGCAGAAGCAAGUAGGUACACCUGACUCCAUGGACUCCAUAGAUCUACCAUCCACUGCAGGCUCCAGUGAGACUCUGAGCCCAACCUCUCUCCAUCCAUCAAAUUCCCCAAGAACUGUGGAUAGUGGCUAUGACACAGAGAAUAAUGAGUCUCCUGAAUUUGUCCUCAAGGAACCCCAUGAACCACAAGACAACAAAACCUUUAUCCAGCCAUUGGGGCUGUCAGUUGCUGACUCAAGUCCAAUCGUUGAAGCAAAAGAAGGAGAUGAGGCUGACACCCAAAAAGAGGUUGUGGAGGAUGUGGAGGAAGAAGUCACCAUGAAAACAUCCCAGAGCACAGAAAAACUGACUGUACUAAGUGAUAAAACCCCAUACAGAGAUUCCGCUUACUUUUCUGAUACUGAUGCAGGGAAAGAGAAAGAGAGUGAUGAAGAUAAAGAGAAAGGUAUGGAUGAUCUUGAGAGGGAGGAAGAGGAGGGAACAAUGGAAGCAACAGACCAAAAAACACAACCACCACCAGUGGAAGAACAAGACAAAGAAAUUUCAAAUGUUUUGGAGACAGAAGAAAACCGUGAAAAUGUCUACAAUGAUAUUCAGGAAGGUACCCAAACAGCUCCACCCACAGAGGAAGAUGAAAAGGUUUCCCCUAGUUCCUCCGAACUAACUAUUAUUUCAUCAAUUUCUCCUGAGAUAUGUGAAUGUCCUAUAAACAACACUGUCCAGGAUGAAGCCUCUGACCUGAAUACAGAUGACCCUCAAGAAGUGCCAUCUGAAAAUCAGUUAUCUGAUUUAACUGCCUUGACUUUUUCUGAUGCCCAGCAAGAAAAUCACAAAACUGAGGUGACAGAUACCACCCUUGAUUUUGAGCCAUCAGUGGCUGACAGUUCAGUAGAGGACGGUAAUGUUGAGAUCGGUCCUGAUACCUUUAUCAAUGAAAAUGAAGUUAACCAGGAAGAGCAAGUUACUGAAGAAACAACAUCCAGCGCAAGUUUAGAAGAACUAUCAACUCAGGACAACGAUGACAAUGUGGAAACACUCAUAUCCGAAUCAGCCGAGAGUGUUUCAACAGAUAAUAUAACAGAUAAGCCUGAAAAUCUAGAUGGUAAGUCAAAAAAUGGAGCUCAGUUUCACAAGACUUCCUCUCGUCCUUCUUCGCCUCCUCCUCUCCCAUCACUCGAGGGUCGAGUGUCCCCAGUAGAGAGAGGAGAAGCUGAUGAUGAGGACAGGGAUUCAGAGGACAGUGAUGAAUCAGAUGAGGAGCUGCGCACCUACAGUAUCCAGGAACAGAGUGAGGAAAGCGAGGAUGAAAUCCUACCAGUGCCCAUCAUUGUGAGUGACUGCAGUGAUGCACACAAACUCAGAAGCCUCCUCAAGAUGCCCAGCAUGUGUGUGGAUAACCUUGGUGAUGAGUCCAAGAAGAAGGUGGUGUCCUUCUUUGAUGAUGUUACUGUCUACUUAUUUGACCAAGAAAGUCCAACCGGAGAACUAUCAGAACAUGCCUACCCCCUGGGAGGUGAGGCAAGCACACAGAGUGCAAACUGCACAGUGUUGAAUCAACAGGAAAAGGCCAACUCAACUGAUGACUCUUCAGAUGGAAAUAUUUCAGAAGAGAGUACAGGGUUUGAGUGGGAUGAUGAUUUCUCUUUGCUGCCACUACCAACCUCUUCAAUGGAAUCACCCCCAGACAUCAAGGCUACAACAUGCCUUCCACCCAGUCCCACAAAUCACAAGCCUGCUGCGCAAUUCUCACGUUUCACAGUUUCUCCAUCCCCAAUUUCACGAUUCUCCAUCACCCAUGUUUCUGACUCAGACGUGGAUUCUGCCGGAGGAAGCAGUGAGGACGGGGAUAGAGAAUGAGCACUGUACACCACUGCCAUCUAUGUGGAGUGCUCUGCACGGACCUCUUUUCUUCACCCCUACUGGUCUAUUGCAUUGAAAAUUAUACUGUUUCAAAUAUGUUUGGGAUGCCAUCAAGGACAGUGACUAAUAUUGUUUGCAACUAGUUACACAACGGUCCUUAUUGAACCAAUCACAAAUGAACACAUCUGUGGCCAUAUGCUUCUUAAGAAGAAUAUUAUAAAUACUGAAAUUCCCAAGUAAUACCACAUUUGUUAAAAUCAUAUUUUAAACUAGUGACGAUUUUGAACAGACUACAGUAUAUGACCUGUGAAGACGUUGGAUCUUUCUAAAAGAUUUCACAUAUUUUCAUGAAUAAUGGGUAUGGUCUUGAAAUGAAGGAUACCAUCAACAUUUUUAUUUCCAGAAGCUAAUUGUAAAGAAAAUAUCAAGAAAUUCUUUUUUCAAGGACUUUGACUUUGACUGUGAAGUAAUGACAAACUAAUGAACAAUAUUGCUAACAAUGAUUUAUGUUGCUAAAGGAAGAGAAAUGUAGUGAGCCUACUGUCAAUGGCUAAUUGUUGUUGGUUUUUGCCAUUUUAUUUUUGAGAAGGCAAACUCACCUUCCUUUUACAUUCAGUUUAUUUGAUUGGGCAUCAGAGCAACAGCCUUGUGCCUAUGUCACAUAACGAAAAGUGGCAGACUUUUGAAAGCUGUUUAAAAAAUGUUCGGGAGAGAGAAAACACAUAGCUGCCUUGAGUCAGCCAUCUACUUGUAAGUAGCAGAUUAUACAGGGUCAUAAAACAUCAUGAGACUUAGACCAGCUCUGUCAUGUUACUACAAUUAAGAUCUCGAAUGAAAUUCAUAUCUUUUUUUUUUUUUCAUUGUUUUAGAUUUUUGGAGAGGCAAAGUUUGCCUGGUUGAUGAAUACAGUUCUAAGAACUACUUUUCAGUAUUUACUUCUAAUUUUAAUGUAAAUUAUUGUCAGUAUCAUGCAAAAAUAUGAAUAAUUUUUGAACUCAUGUUUUACUGUCCUUACCUUACCUUGGUUAAGCGUUGAUAACCUCAAUUCUGUCUUCAGCAGUGCUUUCAGUCACCCAUAUCAUAAGAAAAAUCUUUUUAAAAAAGGUUUCAUUUUGGCCCUUGAAUAAGAACUGCUAAAGAAACACAAAAUAGAAAAACAACAUGAUCAUUUUAAAUGCUUGAGAACAUAUCAAAGUUCUUGGUACUGGACCCUUUAGUCCUUUAGUCUAUAUAUGCAUUUUAUAAUGAGCAUGUAUAAAUGAUACUGUACAUGUCUGCUACCUUAUAAGGACCAGAGCUGGGAUGUGUUAUGUUUAAGGUGUUUAUAACUUUUCUUUUAUUUAAUACACGAUGCCUGUCUUGUCACUUUUGAGAAAUUUAUAAAGACAUCGAAGGAAGAAAGACAUAUACUAGUGGCAUUUAGUGCACAGCCUAUGGACGACGUAUUAUAAUGGUUAUUUAUUAGAAUAGACAAAAACUACUGAACAAAAUGUACUGUAUGUUUGUUAAUUUGCAGAAUAACUGUCCGAUAUAAGUUUAAUUUUCUUGUGAACAUUGUUGGGGGGAAAAAAAAAAAGUCAUUUUCUUUCUUAGUAAGAAAUUGUUUGUCAAAGAUAAAUAGGAAUUUAAUGCACUCUGCAGAUUUCUUUACUCUGGACCCCAAGCUAGCCAACUGAAUUUGGGAAGAAAAGAAAAAUCUCAUCCUAAGAAUCCUCUCAUGUUCAAUGUUUGUUUGCCUCUUACGGCAUCAUUGUUCUAAAUAGGUUAGCCUAGAUUGAACUAGACAGCAAUCUGUACUAUUUUUGUAUUCUAUAAAACAGUUUUAAAAUCCUAAACUGUAUUAUAAUGUUGCUGGACUGUAAGAGUUUAUCAUCAUAUAUUUGCUGCCAAAGAGAAGCAUUCUACUGGUAAAAAUGGGGAUGUUGGCUGGUAUUGCUGGACACUAACAUGACAUGAUAAUCAUGGGCUAAUGGACAAUGUUCUUGAUUGUAAAGUGUGACUGUCUUCAUGAGAAAUCCAGCAAAAGGGUCUCGUCAUUAGAAUACCCAUGAAUUUGUGUGAGAUUCUAGUGAUAUAUGGUGAAGGAAAUCUUGUAGUUGAGUGUAGUGAGCAAAGAAGUGGUUGAAUGCUAUGGAGUAGGAAUCUAUAAAGAUAUAAAUUGGUUAGAGUUAAAUGUUAUGUGAAGGUUCCCAUAAAUAUCUGUCCCUCAUGGGUGUCACAUGAUCAGUGACUGUACACAAACAAAAAACAAAAAAAUAAAUUAACUGUUUGACAUCUU